AUGAGAAGCGCGAUCAUCUUGACCGGCGUUGCUGCCCUCGCAACACAGGUAGCAUCUCACGCGACUUUCCAGGACCUAUGGGUCAACGGCAAAGAUCAGCAGUCCACUUGUGCAAGGCUUCCCAACAGCAAUAGCCCAGUCACCUCGGUAGCAAGCAAUGACAUCCGCUGCAAUGCCAACCAAGGUCCAGCAGCCUCAAAAUGUAGCGUCCCUGCCGGCGGCACCGUCACCGUAGAGAUGCACCAGCAAAAUGGCGACCGCUCCUGCGCAAACGAGGCCAUCGGUGGUGCUCACUACGGCCCCGUCCUUGUCUACAUGUCUAAAGUCGCAGAUGCAUCCACAGCGGAUGGCUCGACCCCUUUCUUCAAGGUCUUCCAGGAUACGUGGGCGAAGAACACUGCGGGUGGUGGCGGUUCGGAUGAUUACUGGGGUACGAAGGAUCUGAACAAGAACUGCGGGAAGAUGGAUGUGAAGGUCCCCGCGAACCUGGCUCCAGGAGACUAUCUAUUAAGAGCGGAAGCUAUUGCGCUGCAUGCCGCGUCUGGUGCUGGGGGCGCUCAGUUCUACGUUACCUGUUAUCAGAUCACCGUCACUGGUGGCGGAUCAUCUUCACCUGCUGGCGUGUCAUUCCCUGGAGCUUACAAAGCUACCGACCCUGGUAUCCAGAUCAACAUCUACCAGAACCUCGCUUCGUAUGUCGCACCCGGUCCGGCAGUUAUCGCCGGUGGUACUGAAGCCGUCGCUGGAAGUGCUGGAUCAGCCGUCACUGCUACUGGUGGAGCGCCGGUUGCCACCGCUACCGCAACUACUAUGAAGACAUCUGCAGUAGCCACGUCUGCCGCCGCUGUGCCGACGAGUGGAGGCGGUGCUGGUGCAUGCUCGGUUGCAAAGUACGGUCAGUGCGGCGGAAAUGGAUACACUGGAUGCAAAACCUGUGCUUCAGGACUUACCUGCAAAGCUGGGGGUGACUAUUACUCACAGUGCGUCUGA